CUACAAGGGCAUCUGAUGCAAAGACUGCAUGGCUAGUUGCAUUAUUAAAAGCAAAAACUACAACUGCUUUAAAAAAUCAUUUUUCAAAAAUAAGAAUUGCCUUAUUAUGCAUUUACACUACUAGAUCUUUGGCU